ACUCCGUCUGCUUCUCCUCGGCGUGACGUCACGCUGCGAGCUGUUCCCACGCCGCUGGUGCUGAAGCAAAGAUGGCAGAGCGCUAGAGGCGCGAUAGUGAGAUUCACGAGAGGGAAAGUGCUUUACGUGAAGAUUCUGUUUAUUGUUCAGAAGCUGCAGUUAUGGCUGUGUGUUGAAUCCAGGCUCAGCACGUUAACGCACUGUCCCGUUCCGGAGGAGAUUCGACGCGACGCGACGCGAUGUCUCUGCUCUGCGUCGGGGUGAAGAAGGCCAAUUAUGAUGGACCCCAGGAGAAAUUCAACACAUAUGUGACUCUGAAGGUUCAGAAUGUGAAGAGUACGACCGUCACCGUACGAGGCAGCCAACCCAGCUGGGAGCAAGACUUCAUGUUUGAGAUAAAUCGUCUGGAUCUGGGCCUGACGGUGGAGGUGUGGAAUAAAGGACUGAUCUGGGACACCAUGGUUGGCUACGUUUGGAUUCCGCUGCGGAGUAUCCGCCAAUCAAACGAGGAAGGACAAGGCGAGUGGCUGACUCUAGAUUCUCAGGUCAUAAUGGCAGAUAAUGAAAUCUGUGGCACCAAAGAUCCAACCUUCCACCGUUUGCUUCUGGACACGCGCUUCGAGCUGCCGCUGGACAUCCCAGAAGAAGAGGCUCAAUACUGGGCCAAAAAACUGGAGCAGCUCAACUCCAUGCGAGACCAGGAUUAUUCAUAUCAGGAGGUUCAGGAGAGGCCGCUGUCUGUCCCGGGAACACAGUGCUGUAACUGGUGGGGCGACCAGCAGAACAAUGAUCCAGACAGUGCGAUGGAUGACCGAGACAGUGAUUACCGCAGUGAGACCAGUAACAGUAUCCCAACGCCGUACUUCACCACGUCUCAACCCAACGCCUCGGUCCAUCAGUAUCCCAUGAGCCACCAGCAGCACAGUCCCAGCACCCCCUACACACACGCCAACAACCACUGCGACCUGGACUACGAUCAUCAGAGAGGCAUCAGCCCGACCGGGAGCUAUGCGUCCUCAGCCGAGCUCAGCCGUUGUAGUUCCCAACUGAGCGAAGAGUACGGCGAGCGAGAACUUUACGACGAGAACGACUUGUACCACUCCUGCCACUCGUCCGUGUCCUACAGCAAGGACUCGCCGGACUGGGACGAGACGCAAGGCGCGUACAGCGACGAAUGCGCCUACAGUAAAGACGGAGGAGACGAAGGGGCUCUUUAUGAGGAAGAAGAUGCUGACCUGUAUCCAGAGGAGGUGGACAUAUUCGAGGGCGAGGAGGACUUCAACUACGUCAAUGAAGAUUUGGAUAUGGUGGACGGGGUCGGUGAGAUUCUUCACCAACAGUCUCAAAACACCAGCCAACCUCUAGUUCAACCGUCCAAUCAGACACAACCCAAACCCCCAAACCAACAAGUUCCCACCCCCCAGAAACAAGCACCGCCCCAACAGCAGUCCUCAGGCCCAAUCCCUUCGGUUCAGUCCUUCUUCGCCAUGGCUAAGCCGUUGACUGCUGUGUUUGGAUUGGGUGGAUCUACUCCUUCAACACCGACAACUCAAUCCCAACCUCCACCUACUCAAUCCCAGCCUCAGAUGGCUCGACCUCCACAGAUGCCUCCACCUGCAACCAAAUCCCCUGAGCUUCCCGCUCCUGCCCCAACAACCAACUCCAAACCUCCCGCACCAGAACCUAAACCUCCAACCCCGACCGAGGAGAAACCGCCCACGGUAGAGCCACCAAUAGAGGAGGAACCUCCACUUCAAGAAGACGACUUUCACAUGGAAGAACCUCCAAAUGAGGAAACAAAGAUUGAGAGUCCACCUCCAUCUCCUCCUUUUGAAGAGGAGGAACCGGUACCUGAACCUGAGAGUGAACUGGUGAAGGAGGAGCCGAAGGAGCCGGUGGAUCCGGCGGUCAGAGCUAAAGAGAACUGGUUACGACUCUUUGAGAAAGUCCGACAGCAAUUGCAGGAGUCUCUUUUCAUUGCUUUAGCGAUUUGCAUGUUCGCUCAGAUGACCCAUGAUUGGACGAGACUGAUGGGCGGAGCGCUGUACAGCAUCGACAGCAUGCCUGAUCUGAGGAAGAGGAAGACCAUUCCUCUGGUCAGAGAUCUGGCUAUGUCUCUAGUGCAGAGCUCUCGUAAGGCUGGCAUCACGUCUGCGAUGGCCUCUAGCACACUCAACAAUGAGGAGCUGAAGAGUCACGUGUAUAAGAAGACGCUGCAGGCGCUCUGAUACUAUCCCCAUCUCCUGCACCACGCACGUCCACACACUUCGAGGUGUGGACCGGCCACGACGCCCACCUACGGCUACGAGUGCGAGGGUCUGCUGUGGGGCAUCGCGCGUCAGGGCAUGCGCUGCUCCGAGUGCGGCGUCAAAUGUCACGAUAAGUGCCAGGACCUGCUCAACGCCGACUGCCUGCAGAGAGCUGCUGAGAAGAGCUCGAAGCACGGCGCCGAAGACCGAACGCAGAACAUCAUCAUGGUUCUGAAGGACCGCAUGAAGAUCCGUGAGCGCAACAAACCCGAGAUCUUCGAGCUGAUCCAGGAAGUGUUCGACAUUCCCAAGGCGAGCCACGGGACGCAGAUGAAACAAAUCAAGCAGAGCGUUCUGGACGGGACGUCGAAGUGGUCAGCCAAAAUCAGCAUCACAUUGGAUUGUGCUCAGGGUCUGCAGGCGAAGGAUAAGACGGGUUCGAGUGACCCGUACGUCACGGUGCAGGUGGGCAAAACCAAGAAGAGAACCAAGACCAUCUACGGCAAUCUCAAUCCCAUCUGGGACGAGAGCUUUCACUUUGAGUGUCAUAACUCCUCCGACCGGAUAAAGGUGCGCGUCUGGGACGAGGACGAUGAUAUCAAGUCUCGUGUGAAGCAGCGGUUCAAGCGGGAAUCUGAUGACUUCCUGGGACAGACCAUCAUUGAAGUGCGAACGCUGAGUGGAGAAAUGGACGUCUGGUACAACCUCGACAAGCGCACGGAUAAGUCGGCCGUUUCCGGAGCGAUCCGCAUGCACAUCAGUGUGGAGAUCAAAGGAGAGGAGACCGUGUCUCCGUACCACGUUCAGUACACCUGCCUGCAUGAGCACAUCUUCCACUACACCACAGAGAAGCAGAACAGCGGUGUGGUGAAGAUCCCAGAUGCUAAAGGCGAUGACGCCUGGAAAGUGUACUUCGAUGAGACGGCGCAGGAGAUCGUGGACGAGUUCGCCAUGAGAUACGGAGUGGAAUCCAUCUAUCAGGCCAUGACACAUUUUGCGUGUCUGUCAUCGAAGUACAUGUGUCCCGGUGUUCCUGCGGUCAUGAGCACGCUGCUGGCCAACAUCAACGCUUACUACGCACACACCACACAGUCCUCCAACAACGUCUCUGCCUCCGACCGCUUCGCUGCAUCCAACUUUGGGAAAGAGCGAUUUGUGAAACUGUUGGAUCAGCUGCACAACUCUCUGAGGAUAGACCUCUCUAUGUACAGGAAUAAUUUUCCAGCCAGCAGUCCUGAGAGGUUGCAGGAUCUGAAGUCCACUGUAGAUCUUCUGACCAGCAUCACUUUCUUCAGGAUGAAGGUCCAGGAGCUGCAGAGUCCACCGAGAGCGAGUCAAGUUGUUAAAGACUGUGUGAAAGCGUGUCUCAACUCAACGUACGAGUACAUCUUUAAUAACUGCCAUGAGCUCUACAGCCGGGAGUACCAGAACGACCCAUCGAAGACGGUUCCUCCUGAAGAACAGGGGCCGAGCAUCAAGAACCUGGACUUCUGGUCCAAACUCAUCACCCUCAUUGUUUCUAUUAUAGAGGAGGACAAGAACUCUUACACGCUCUGCUUGAACCAGUUCCCUCAGGAGCUGAACGUGGGAAAGAUCAGUGCGGAGGUGAUGUGGAACAUGUUUGCUCAGGAUAUGAAGUAUGCGAUGGAAGAACAUGAGAAACACAGGCUGUGCAAGAGUGCCGACUACAUGAACCUGCACUUCAAGGUGAAGUGGCUCUACAACGAAUACUGCAAGGAGCUGCCGUAUUUCCAGGACAGCGUGCCGGAGUAUCCAGCCUGGUUUGAGCCCUUCGUGAUCCUGUGGCUGGAUGAGAAUGAGGAAGUGUCCAGAGAUUUCCUGCACGGUGCUCUGGUCAGGGACGCAAAGGACGGGUUCCAGCAGACGUCGGAGCACGCGCUCUUCUCCUGUUCGGUGGUGGACGUCUUCUCUCAGCUCAACCAGAGCUUCGAGAUCAUCAGGAAGCUGGAGUGUCCUGAUCCUCAGAUCGUUGGGAAUUACAUGAAGAGGUUUGCUAAGACCAUUGGAAAUGUUCUUCUGUCUUACGCCGACAUCAUUGCCAAGGAUUUUCCCACUCACUGCAACAAGGAGAAAGUGCCUUGCAUCAUUAUUAAUAAUAUCCAGCAGCUGCGAGUCCAGUUGGAGAAGAUGUUUGAGGCCAUGGGAGGAAAAGACUUAAACGUGGAGGCCAGUGACUUUCUGAAGGAUCUUCAGGUCAAGCUGAACAAUGUGAUGGAUGAUCUCAGCCGGAUAUUUGCCGUGAGUUUCCAGCCGCACAUCGAGGAGAGCGUGAGGCAGAUGGGAGAUAUUCUCAGUCUGGUGAAAGGAGCAAACGUACCUGCUAAUGGCAACGGCAGCUUAGCACAGGACGCCGACAACGUCCUGCAACCCAUCAUGGACUUCCUGGACAGCAAUUUGACUCUGUUCGCUAAGAUCUGUGAGAAGACGGUUCUCAAGCGAGUGCUGAAGGAGCUGUGGAAGCUGGUGAUGAACACCAUGGAGAAGACCAUCGUCCUGCCGCCGCUGACCGACCAAACGGGCACACAGCUCAUCUUUAAUGCUGCUAAAGAGUUGGGUCAGCUCUCCAAACUGAAGGAGCACAUGGUGCGAGAGGAGGCCAAAGCGCUGACCCCUAAACAGUGUGCAGUCAUCGAGCUCGCACUGGACACUAUUAAGCAAUACUUCCACGCUGGGGGUGUGGGUCUGAAGAAGACGUUUCUGGAGAAGAGUCCUGAUCUGCAGUCUCUGCGCUAUGCGCUGUCUCUCUACACGCAGGCCACAGAUAAACUCAUCCGGAAGUUCAUCCAGUCACAGCACACUCAGGUUCACGGUGGUAAAGGCGUGCGAUACACUCACAGUGAAGACGUUUAUCCAGAGAAAGCCUCAGGCGUGGAUGACGCGGUGGGUGAGGUUUGUAUGACUGUGGAGAUCUCCAGCGACCCAAACACAGGAGGACACAAAAUCACAGUUAAAGUUGUGGCAGCCAAUGACCUUCGCUGGCAGACGCAGGGAAUAUUCCGGCCCUUCGUGGAGGUUUACAUCAUCGGGCCGCACCUCAGCGACAAGAAGAGGAAGUUUGCCACCAAAUCCAAGAACAACAGCUGGUCGGCCAAGUUCGGCGAAUCCUUCCAGUUUGUGCUGGGCAGUGAGCUGGGUCCGGAGGGUUACGAGCUGCAGGUGUGUGUGAAGGAUUACUGUUUUGCGCGCGAGGACCGGACCGUGGGCAUGACUCUGCUUCAGAUGAAGGAGCUGACGUCCAGAAGCAGCGCCACCUGCUGGCUCCCGCUCGGUAAGCGCAUCCACAUGGACGAGACGGGCCUCACCGUCCUCCGCAUCCUCUCGCAGCGCAACAACGACGAGGUCGCCAAAGAGUUCGUCAAGCUGAAGUCGGACCAGCGCUCGGCCGAGGAGGGCAGGGGGAGCUGAAGCCACGACACUCGGGUGUAAACCAGCAAACGAAAGCAAUGCAGCGCCGGAAGCUGAGACAGAACACAGACACACAAUCACAUCUGCACAGACACAGAAAGCAAUCCGAUGGGAUCCGAGCAAAUAAUGACGUCUGCAGAAACCCCGACGAAUAAUAUGUGGCCCUGGAGCACAAAACCAGACAUAAGUGUCAAUUUUUAGAAAUUGAGAUUUAUGCAUCAUCUGAAAGCUGAAUAAAUAAUCUCUCCACUGAUGUAUGGUUUGUUAGGA